AUGUGGCCCUGCUUUGGCAUACACGUUCUUCUUGUAGUGACUGUCACCCUGAGUCCUGUGACUGCUGAGGCACAGAGUGAAAAUGAUGUCACUGGAGAAGAUGUCUAUCCCCCGCUUUGGGACCUGGCCCCUGGAAACCUGCUGGAUUUCCCAGUGAAGGACAACAAAAUUGUCAUCAAUGCUUGGAACUAUCAAGACCGACUGGGAGUGUAUAAGAGCUUGCUAAAUGCUUCAGCCAAAUAUUUUGCUGCCUUUGGACCCCAAAACAGUGGCAAUAUUCUCUGGGGAUUACCAUUGCAGCAUGGGUGGCAAUUUCGUACAGGUAGGUUAGCAGAUCAUUCUGGUGUGACUUCCUGUGGCUAUGAAAAUGGCGAGCUCCUGUGCCAAUCUGUAAGAAGCUGGUGGUCCUGUAUGAAUUACUAUCUGGCUAUUAUACCCUUUCUGGGGGCAGUGGAGGCUGGCCUCUUUGGGCAGCUGCCGUAUGAAAUAGAAAUAUUGCCACCAGAGGAGCAAAAAGUUGAUUUCUGUUACAGCGUUAAAGACUGCUGGUCUCGCAUGCCCAAGCUCAUGGAUGAAUGGAAGACCUUUUUUGAAUAUCUGUUAUCUACAGAACACACAGCUGUGAGUUCUGACAGCUUCUCCUCCUUCAAACUGGAUGAUGCCCUUGGGCUCAUGUGGAAGGCACACACCACCUCCAUUGCUUACGCACUGCCCAGAUUCCAGGACCGCUUAAAAUAUCUCUCUGAUCCAGAAGCAAAUUUUGGUGAAGACUGGGCUGAUGCUGUAGAUUUCAUUGCUGCCACACACUUCAGUACAGACUUACUGACCACAAACAACUUCCAGUCCUUCCUGCCCCAGAGGAUGCUUGUUGAAGGGGAUGUCCUCCCAUCCAUUAGUGACUUCUCUCCACAGCAAAAUAAGGUCCUGGUGUCACUGAGAAUUCUUCACAAAGCAAAUAAACUAACAGGAGGAUUGCUGCUGAAGAUCUGGAAAAAGGCUAUGUCCACCGAAGCAGGAAGAAAACUGGGCCGAAAACUGAUUGAAAGCUUGGCUUCGAGCCAGGAGCUCGAACUACUUGACCUAGUAGGAAUUCAGAAUUAUUUUGAAGUAUUAUUUGAAGAUUCCCAGUUCCUUGAGAAUGAGUGAUUCCAACAUGGAUUGAUUUAAUUUUUUAGCAAACGUGUCUGGUAAUCUGGCUUUGGCAAUUUCUUCCAGCAGGAUUUCCUGAGUAGCCUUUCUUGCGCGUCUUUCUCUCAUAUGGAAUCGAUAUUUUUAACCUUAAUUUUCCUAAUUAUCUCAUUUUCUUAA